UUUCCAAGAAAGAUCAUUACUUCAUUGGAGAAAUGUUUUGCUGCUACUGUAGAAAUUACCUUAAGUAAUCCAGAGAGGAAACCAGUGUAUUGGAGAAUGGAUGUCACCUCAAUAACAACUGAUAAGAUAUUCAAUAUCACUCCAACAGAGGGAAAGAUAGAUUCAGGAUAGACAGUGAAAGUAAAGGCUUCAUUUAAUCCAUAAAAAGCAGAUGACUAUCAAAAGAAUAUUCCAGUGUAUAUUGAUAGCCAAGAAAGUUGUUAUCUAGAAUUAAUACUCAAAGGGAAAGCAGCCUAACCAAAAAUAUUAUUUGAUAGAAGAGAGGUCUUAUUGCCUCCAGUUCCAUUAAAUAUUGAAUCCAAAUGUUCAUUUAAAAUAUUGAAUGAUGGAUAUGAGAAUUUAAAUCUUAGACACAAAGUCUUUGGAGAAGAGGGAAACAUUAAUGUGAAAUUGAGAUUUCCUGAAGGAGUAAGUGUUGGAAUGUCCAAAAAGAGAUUAAGAGUAGACGCUCUCUUUUAGUCAUCAAAAUCAGUUUCAUUCACUACUAAGAUCGAAUUUUACGAUGAAAUGGGCAAGGUGUAUACAAUUCCUGUUUCUGGAACUGCAGAUAAUUGUUUACUAACUAGUUUUAGUUAUCAAUAGAGAUGUGCUAAUGAAUUCAAAAUAGAUGAAAAGAUUUCUUAAGGUCAAACCACCCAAGGUCCAAUUUGUUUGAUGGAUGAUGACGAUGAUGCUAAUUCUGAUAUUCAAAGUCCUCAUAAAAAAGGAGCUCCAAGUGUCAUUAGUUACAGAUCUCUAAGUUCAAUGAGUAAUCAAACUACUGCAAGUGCACUUGGUUACAUUCCUAUUCCACAAGAUCUGGUCGAAUAGAAUAAACAGUAUGCAACCAAAUGGCUUAAGUUUUUCUUAUGGAGUGCCAAUAUCCAUGCUUUUCCAGAAGGAGUCAUAGAAUAGGAUGGCUAACCCAUUUUUGAAUUAACCUCUGUGUUGAGUGGCAAAUCUUUACCACUCCCGUGUUAAUCUUAUCUAGAUAAGAACGCUAAAAAACAAGAGAGAAUAAGUUAGUUGUUGAAAUAAUAUGAUGAUUUCAUAAGAAUGUUGAAGUCUGAGGGAGCCCUCCUUAAUCAUAUUCGUCCUUAUCACCUUCUCAGUUUUAGUGACUUGAAUGCUGCUUUCAAAUUAUUGCCAGAGGACGAAAAGGAAUAAGUACAUCCUAGUGUGUUGAAAAUAACAUAACAGAGAUACAAUUACAUAUCAAUUGAUUCUUGGUGUGCUAUAUUUCACUAGAUUUUAAAGAUUUAUGGUCUCCAAAGAAUUAACAUAAAAUAUUUUCGAUAGAUUCCAGGUUGGGGAGACAAAACACUUCCAGAUUGCUAUCUAAAUGGGAGCAACAUUUAUUCUCCUCAAGAAGGAUUGCUGAUGAGAUGGCUUGAAGUCUGUGCUGAAUCGGAAGGACACCAAUUCCCAAGAUUGAAAUAUUUUGAAUAGUUGAAAGAUUGCCAUUAUUUUGCUGCUGCAUUAUAACAUUAUGUGGGACCCUCGUUGACCAAAUACUUGUCUGGUUUAAAGGUGUGUGAGACCGUUUAAGAUUUCAAACUAAAUUCUAAUAAAGUAUUAGCUGCUUUAAUGGAUAUGAAAUUUUCGAUUCCUUUUGAAUUAGGCAAUUUCGCUGAACCAAGUGGCAGGGAAAUGCUUAUUUUAGUAUUACACUUAUUUAAUCAAUUGCCCAAUUAUUUGAAUAAAGGAACCGAAGUAUUCUCUUGCGUUUUGGGUCAAUCAAUCUCCAGAACUUUACUUAUUAUAAAUAAGAACAACAGACCAGUUUCUUAUUGGGUUAAAUUGGAGAAGGAAGAAGAUUUCAAAUUAGAAGGAGGAGAUCAUAUCAAAUUAGAACCAAAUUAACAUUUGCCUUACAAAAUCAAAUUUGUAUCUAGAAUUUCAUAACCUGUAACUGAUAGAAUUACUUUUAUGCCUAAGAGAGAACAUAACCUAUUUACUGCUGCUAUUGUGUACGAUCUCAAAUCUUAAAUAUUGGGAAGAGAAAGUAAAUCAGUCGAAGAAGUCAGUUCUCCUCUCUAUGAAAGCAAAGACUUUUAUCUUCAAAUCUCAAAUGAGUUCACCAAGUCAGAAUUUGGUAAUUUCCAAAUUAAGAUGUUAUUUGAAAAGGUGAUUGAAACUAAUAAAAGGAAACCCAUCCAAAAUAAUAAUAAUAAAUCCCAGUAAAUUGAAUAAUAAAAGGAAGUUUUCCCUGCAAUUUUCUGUUAAUCUGAAAUAGUCAAAAUGAAAAAGGGAGCCCAAUUACAGUUAUAAUUGAGAUAUGUGCCCAUGGUCUUAGAAUAAUAGAGAUGUUUCCUCAUAUUUACCGAUCCAAAUGUCGGAGAAUUUCAACAUGAAAUAUUGGCUACUGCAGAAUUACCUGAAAUUUAAUAAGAAGUAAAACAAUAUCAGGUGUUCGUUGAUUAGCCUGCUAUCAUGGAAUAUAUGAUAUUACCAAAAAAUGAAUAGAUUUUUAAGGCUAGAGAAUCAAUACUAAAUUAUACAAGUAAAAAGUAGUUAUAAUUACCUGGAGGAGAACCUGAAACUAUUAAUUUUGAAAUUGAAUUAAGCAAUCACUUUGGAUUCUUGACAGCUCCUAAAUAAUUUACAGUUUAGGACUUAUAGAAAUAGAAAGCUAAUCGAGUGCAAAGGGAAAAAUUAGAGAAAUAAUAGCAAUUAGAGAAGGAAAAAAUGAUGCAAGCAUUAUAGUAAUAGCAACCAUAAUAAUAAUAAUAAUAAUAAUAAUAAUAAUAAUAAUAAUAAUAAUAAUAAACAUAAUAAUUAUAGUAGGGUACUCGAUAAAAUACAGAAAUAAAGAAUAUUUCUAUGAUAAGCAAUAUCACUGCUAAUCCAAAUAAUGUUACCACUAAUAUUUCGAUGUUACCUGAUGUUAAUAAAAUGCCUUUAUAAUUUCUUUUCAAGAAUCCAGUUAAGGACAUGCCAAUUAUUAUGACUCUUAGAAGUAACGAUAAAACAGAUGUACGAAGGUACAAGUUUUUAGUGACUGCUUUGCCAAAACCCACUAAAGCACAAAUGGAAAUGAGAUGUCCAUCGAGAGAGAGUAUAGUUCAAGACAUUCCAUUUUCAAAUCCAAGUGAUAAGGAUUGGACUUUCAAGUUUCUAUUAAAUUAAGAAGGAAAUUGCUUUUCGUUGAUCAAUGUGCCAACCGCAUAACCUGAUCAUGGACAUAGUUCAAUAUUUAUUGGAGGGUACAAAGAUUAUGUUUUGAAGAAAAAAACUAAGAUUGACAUCAAAUUACAAUUUACACCAAAAUGGAUGUGUAAAGUAGAGGCUCAUCUGCAAAUUACUAAUGCAAAUACAAAUGAUAUCUAUGAUUACACAAUUGCAGGAAUAGGAGAAGAACCUCUAGCCUAGUCAAAUAUUGUACUCGAAUGCAAGGCUAGAUAAAAGACAAAAACAGAAAUCGUUUUGUUCAAUCGCUCUUAAAAUGAAAUGAAAUACAAAGUAGAAACUGAUUUGAUCAAUGCAAGUGGAUUAUAGAAUUUUACAAUUGCUCCGUAAAGAAAAUAUCGUUAUGAAUUAUCAGUUAUGCCAAUGCUAAGUGGAUAAUACAAUGGAUCUAUUACAUUUUAUGAGGAAAGUGGUGAAUACAUUUGGUACACUGUUGUAUUAGAUACUGAUUCUCCUAUUGCUGAAAAGGAAGUAGAAAUUUCAACUCAAGUGAGAAAACCAGUUAGCUUUGAAAUAGAACUCAGCAAUCCUAUGCCAUUUGAACAGGCAACCUUUGAAGUGAGAAUCGAAGGCGAUAACUUACAUGGUAGUAAGACUUUCACUAUUUUACCUUAAAUGAGUUCGAUAUAUGAACUCUAUUAUUUACCACUUCUGCCAGAAAAGAAAAAAGGAGUUAUUGGCUUUAUUCAUCCGAAAUUGGGCGAGAUUUGGUAUAAUUUGAGUUUAAUAUCCGAGGAGAGACAGAGUAUUAGAAUCCCUACUCUGAAAACGGAGUUAGGUAAAGUUGAAGAAUAUGAAAUUCAAUUGGAAAAUCCUAUUGAUAAAGAAGUUAAUGUGCAAAUUUAAAUUAGUAAUCCUGCCAAUUUUGAUGUGUUGCCUGCUGAUAUAGUCUUGAAACCUCAUUGUGAUACAAGUGUGUAUAUAAGAUUUACUCCAAGCAGUCUUGAUUAAAUUUAAAAUGGGGAAAUAAGAUUCAUCACAUAGGAAAUCGGAAAAUGGGAAUAUUUAGUUUAUGGAGUCGGAAUACCUCCAACUGCAUUCCCAGAAAUGACUGUGACUGUUGGAAUUAAUAAAGAUUAUUCAGAUGUAAUCCAUUUUAAGAAUCCAUUCAGAGAUACAAUCUAGGUGCAAAUUAUGAUUGAAUCAGAUGACGAUGCCUUUUAACUGCUAAUCAAAAAGAAGAAUGACACUAAAACAACCAUUGCUGGACUAUAAUAAAUUUAAAUUCCAUUCUCUUUUACUCCUAGAAGUAUCAGAUCUUAUAAGUGUGAGUUGGUCGUUGCCAUGAAUGAAAAGAUUAAAUGGAGAUAUCCUAUUACUGGACACACUGAAUCAUUUGCAACUGGAAAAUUUACGUAAUUUAAAACUAAAUGCAGAAUCUCAUUCUUAUAAGAAUUUAAAUUUUCAUUGCCUGGAGUUGAUAAAAUUGGUAAAUCUAAUUUCACAUUCGAAAUCAAGAAUAUUUCAGAAGAUGUUAAGAUGCUAGUCGAUAAAUUCUUUAAAAUCAAAAUGAUUCAAUCCUCUGCUGAUGAUUGUGAUGAGGUUCAUUUUGAUGCUGCUUUUAUCCCCUUAAAACCUUUUAAAGCUAAUUUUGAUUUGAUUAUCAAAAGAGAUAUUGGGGGUGUUUGGAAAUUUCCCAUGAAUCUGGAUGCUACCGAACCUGACAUAGAUGAUCUCAUCAUUAUCACUAGUCCACUCAAUAAGCCUACUAGUGUUUCAUUUAGAAUAACUAAUCGUACUAAGCAUCAGGCUACUUUCAGAGCAUACUUCACUCCAGCUUCUGAUUAAGAAUUUUCAGUUACUCCAAAAUAUGGAGAAUUGUAACCAAAUGGAAGGGAGGGCACUUAAUUCAUCAUUACUUUUACACCUCUUGAGUAUGGAUAGAUUAGAUCUGGUAAAUUGAUUAUUGAGACUGAUGACAUGUAUUGGUCUUACAAAGUCAGAGGCACCUUACCAAAGUAUGAACCUCCAGUUGCCUAACCGAAGGUUGACGCUAAACUAAUUGCAAAUAAUAGCAGCAAUUUCAAACCAAAGAACUUCUUAUAAACUAAUAUCAAGCGCAAUCAUUCACCACCUAGCAUGCAUUAAAAAUCCACAGCGAUUACAAAUUUAAACUUCAGUAGAAGAACCUUUGGAGCAACCCUUACCAGAGAAACCAAAUCAGUUCAAUUAAUGAAAACGUAGAAAUUAGAAUGA